AUGGCGACGGUUGGUAGCGGCAGUUUCCAGGACAGACGUGUUGCCUCGAAGCGUCUCAUGAUGCUCGUGGACCUACUUCUCGUCUCCUGCUGUCUCUGCUAUGGCUUCGGCGAUGAGGAUAAUGUCGAGGUGGAGGGAAUCAGAAGCAGUUGCAUGGAGAGCGAGAGGAGAGCUCUCCUCGCCAUCAAAUCCGAUAUGUACGAACCCGACGACUGGUUCUCUACUUGGACCGGCAAAGACUGCUGUGGGUGGAGAGGUGUGGCCUGCAACAACAUCACCGGCCAUGUCACCAAGCUCCACCUCCGCUACCCCUACACAUACCAUCAAGCUCUCGAAACUAUAGGUGGGAGCAAGGUAAAUCCAUCUUUGCAAGAACUGAAGCAUUUGGAGUAUUUGGAUUUGAUCAUGAAUAACUUCUCGGGUGCUCCUGUGCCGAAAAUGAUAUCUUCGCUGGUCCACUUGGAAUAUCUCAACCUAUCUUAUGCCAUGUUCGAUGGACUGAUUCCUCCUCAGUUUGGGAACCUCUCCAACCUACACUAUCUCGAUCUUCACGGUUUUCUCGGUGAUCUAUACGUUGAUGAUCUCGAUUGGCUCUCCCGUAUUCCAUCUCUAAAACAUCUUGACAUGAGUUUGGUCGACCUCUCCAGAGCAUCCAAUUGGUUCCACAUAGUUAAUUCAAUCUCCACACUCGAAGUGCUGCAUUUGAGCACUACAGGCCUGCCAUAUGCUCCAUCUCCUUUGCCACCUUUUAAUCUAACAGCCAUUGCUACGUUGGAUCUUUCUCAGAAUUCCAACAUCAUAUUGACCAUGCUAAGAUGGCUUUCUAACGCCACCAGCCUCGAGUACCUUUAUCUUUCUGACUGUGGGAGUCUCAUUAUGGAGCCGCUGCAAGUUGGUCUAGCAUCUCUCAGCAACAUGAAGGAAUUGGAUUUAUCAUACAACUUUCUUAGAGGAGAAAUUCUUGGAAUCCUGAGCAAUGUCAGCGGGGGCUUGAAGCAUCUAGACUUGAGCUGGAAUUAUUUAUCCGGAGAUAUUACACAAACUCUACGGAGCCUUAGACACUUGGAGUACCUAACUUUGCUGGGGAAUUCCAACAUCACCGGACAUAUCGCAUAUCUGCUGGGGAAUCUCACAAACUUGCGACAUUUAGGGUUGUGGGACAAUUUAAUCAGUGGAGAAAUACCACCAACCGUGGGAAAUUUUGUCCAGUUGGAGUACCUAGAUUUGUCUUACAAUAGCAUCGCCGGAGAGAUACCGCCGAGCAUAGGGAAUCUCACUGGCCUGGUUAUAUUAGAUUUAUCAAAGAACUUCAUUACCGGACAGAUACCAUCGAGCUUGGGGCACCUCACCAACCUAGAAUCAUUGGAUUUAUCGUGGAACAACGUUGUCGGAUGCAUUCCAGAGACUUUCGGCACUCUCAUCCAUAUGACGAGAUUACAUCUGUCUAGAAAUCAAAUAUCUGAACAAAUACCAGAAAGCAUCGGAGAUCUCCAAAAUCUGCAGUUUUUAUCUUUAGACAAUAAUGCUCUUACCGGACAGAUACCAAAGACGAUUGGUAGGCUUCACCGAUUGCAAAAAUUGGAUGUGUCAUAUAACAACUUGUCAGGUCAGAUACGGACGACAAUGGGUGGCCUAUGCAAUUUGACCAUGUUAGAUUUGUCAUAUAAUAACAUUGGCGGGGAGCUAACGAAUCUAUUGGAUGAUUUAUCUACUUGUUCACAAGGAGCAUCUUUAUCAUCCUUAAUUCUGGAGGGUAACAAUUUGAGCGGGAUUAUUCCUUCAAGUAUGGGGCAACUAUCUCGGUUAUAUGAUCUAUUUCUCACAUCAAAUUCGUUCGUCUUGGAUCUUUCUUCCAACGAUCUAAUUGGUAGCCUACCAUCAUCUCUAGGAAAUUUCAGUGCCAUGAUUGAGAUACAAAAUGAUACCUGGUCAGUGCUUCAUGUCGACAACUAUUAUUAUAGCGAGAGCAUCUUGCUAACUACAAAAGGGGAAAUUGCUGAUUACACAACCGUUCUCUCGCUCGUGACAUUCAUAGACUUGUCAAAUAAUCAUCUCUCUGGUGAAAUCCCAAAAGAACUGAUAAAGCUUCUCGGAUUGCGCUUCCUAAACUUAUCCAACAAUCAUUUGACGGGGAGGAUUCCAGAAAAAAUUGGUGACAUGAAACAGCUAGAAUCGCUUGACUUGUCAGUGAACAAUCUCACAGGAGAGAUACCUUCAAGCCUUUCUGCUCUAUAUUUCCUGAGUCAUUUGAAUCUAUCCUACAAUAACUUAUCAGGAAAAAUACCGACAAGUAGUCAAUUGUCGACCUUUGUCUCAUGGACAUACCUGGGUAAUAAAGACCUUUGUGGUACGCCACUGCCAGAUUGCCCGGUUUAUCAAACUCCACCUGACGCACGAGUUAAAGAAAAGAAUGAAGAUGAUGAGAAGCUCGACAAAUUAUUGGAGUACACCAGUAUUGUGGUCGGAUUUGUGGUUGGCUUUUGGCUGUUUACUGGCACGCUCAUCAUGAAGCAGGCCAUCAGAUUCGCUUUCUUCCGACGGAUCGACAAGGCCAGCGAUUGGAUCUACGUUCAGUUUGCAGUUAAGCUUGCGAAGCUCAAAUCCAAAUGGCAAACGAUGACAUGA